UUAUUCUGUUCAUGUACGAAACUAGUUAGCUUCAACAUUAAUUGGGUUCAUUACUCCUCUCAUGCAGCUCUGUUGGGACCAACUAAGGUUGGAGUUUGUGAUAUACAUACUGUAGUUGAGUUUUGUGGGCUGAGUCAGAAGAGUUGGAAAAAUGAGCAUGAACAUGUUCGGUUUGAAGGUGGAGGAGGGAAAAGAAGGUCAAAAUGGACAGCCAUCAGUUGGUCCUGUUUAUCGAAAUCCAAUAGCUAAAAAUGGUUUUCCUCCAACUGAUCCUCAUUUGUCUACAGCUUGGCAACUUUUCAGAGCAGCUGUUGAAAAAUAUCCAGGGAAUAAAAUGUUGGGAUGGCGUGAUUUUAAGGAUGGAAAGUGGGGUCCUUAUCUCUGGAAAACAUACAAAGAAGCUUAUGAAGAGAUUUUACAGACUGUAUCUGCAUUGAGAGCUCAUGGUAUUGAACCUGGUGCUCGAAUUGGAAUUUAUGGAUCCAAUUGUCCUCAGUGGAUAGUAGCAAUGCAGGCUUGCAGUGCCCACAGCUUUAUAUGUGUCCCUCUCUAUGAUACCCUUGGACCGGGCGCUGUUAAUUUUAUUAUUGAACAUGCUGAGAUUGAUAUCGUUUUUGUUCAAGAUAAGAAAGUGAAAGAACUUUUAAAUUCGGAGUGCACACAUGCUAAACGGCUGAAAUUGGUCGUGUGUUUCACUUCGCUGCAGCAGGAAGAGAAGGAUAAGGCAGUUUCUAUGGGUAUUAAGCCAUACUCUUGGAAUGGAUUCCUCAAUAUGGGCAAAGAUAAUCCAUCAGAGCCUUCACCGCCGCGGCCAUUAGACAUAUGUACAAUCAUGUAUACUAGUGGAACUAGCGGAGAACCUAAAGGUGUAAUAUUGACUCAUGAAAAUAUGACUGCAUCUGUAACAGGAGUUGAUCAUUUUAUGGAAGAAUUUGAAGACAAGAUGACGCCGGAUGAUGUGUACAUAUCUUUCCUACCACUUGCUCAUAUACUUGAUCGGAUGAUUGAAGAAUUCUUCUUUCAUAGGGGUGCUUCUGUUGGCUAUUACCAUGGGAAUAUCAACGAGAUACAAGAAGACCUUAUGGAGUUGAAGCCAACCUUUUUGGCUGGAGUACCUCGAGUUUAUGAAAAGAUUCAUGAAGGUGUUCUGAAAGCACUUGGAGAACUCAAUCCCUUUAGGAGGAGCAUGUUCCACAUUCUAUAUAACUACAAACUCAAAUGGUUGAAGCUUGGGUAUAAACAGAAGUAUGCUUCACCACUUGCUGAUCUGCUAGCUUUUAGAAAGGUAAAGAAUAGGUUAGGUGGACGGAUUCGCCUUAUAGUCUCUGGUGGUGCUCCCUUAAGCACUGAGGUGGAAGAGUUCUUGCGGGUUACCUCCUGUGGCUUCGUCCUCCAAGGCUAUGGUUUGACAGAGACUUGUGGUUUGGCCACCAUUGGGCAUCCAGAUGAAAUGAGCAUGCUUGGAACUGUUGGUCCACCAUUUGUCUUCACAGAGGUACGUUUAGAGGAAGUUCCAGAAAUGGGUUAUGAUCCAUUAGGAGAUCCUCCCCGGGGAGAGAUAUGUGUGAGAGGGAGGACUACGUUUACUGGAUACUACAGGAAUCCAGAAUUGACAAGAGAGGCCAUCAAAGAUGGGUGGUUUCAUACAGGUGACAUCGGAGAAAUGUUGCCUAAUGGAGUUGUAAAAAUCAUUGAUAGAAAGAAAAAUGUUAUAAAGCUAUCUCAAGGAGAAUAUGUUGCAAUGGAAUAUCUGGAAAAGGUUUAUGGUAUUGCGCCCAUCGUUGAAGAUAUAUGGGUAUAUGGGGACAGCUUCAAGUCCAUGUUGGUGGCAGUUGUGGUGCCACACGAAGGGAACGCCAAAAAAUGGGCCGAUCAAAAUGGACACAAGGGUUCAAUUCCUCAACUUUGUUCUCUCCAAGAGCUAAAUCAACAUAUUCUCUUUGAGCUGAAAACUGCUGCAGAAAGGAACAAGCUAAGAGGUUUCGAGUGCAUCAAAGGCGUGAUUCUAGAACCUCAACCCUUUGAGUUUAACCAGGACUUGGUAACAGCAACAAUGAAAAAAAGAAGGGAGAGAUUGGUUAAGCAUUACAAGGUGGAAAUUGAUGAUCUCUACCAAAGGCUUAAUGCAGUACCUAAAUGCUAAUAACAUUUUAGAAUGCUGAGGCAGUGCAACUCAGCAAUCUGCUGUUUGAACUUAUAUACAUUGAGUUAAUGUCUGAUAUAACAUUGAUUUGUACGAAUAAUCUGUCUUACCUUCUGAAUUAAGCACUUGAAUGAAAUCUUUUCGCGGUCA